AUGGCAUCAAAAGCAAGAAGAACAAGAGAAGUUAUAGAUAGGGAUUUGGAUGAGGCGCGCCAAAACCUCAUAAUCACUUACCAACUACUCUUCCUUCCCAUGGCGUUCCCUCUGUCGGCAUCCAUCGUCUCUACGAACAAAAUGUCUAUCAAAGUCUCCCCAACUCGAAAACCACAUUUUCUGGUUACCCACCUCCCAUUCCCAUUCAAUCGACCCACCUCCACUAGAUUUCAUUAUCCUAAAUUCAAUCGCAUUUUCGCAAUACGACACGACGACUCAAUGGAGUUGACAUCUGGAUGGAAUAUCUUGAAUUUAUCUACAUCUGCAGAGCAAGGAAAGAAGUGGUUUGAGAGUGCCAUAGCGACCAUCAUUCUCUUUCUUCAGCUCACAUAUCCACUUCCUUUAAUUGGUCAAGAUUCUUGGUUGAUUUCCUCUGCUGAGGCGGUGUUAUAUUCCCCGGAAACAAAAAUUCCUAGAACCGGGGAAUUAGCUCUGAGAAGAGCAAUUCCAGCUAACACAAACAUGAAAGCUAUACAGGAUUCUCUGGAGGACAUAUCAUACUUGCUAAGGAUUCCACAGAGAAAACCAUUUGGAACGAUGGAGGGCAAUGUCAAGAAAGCUCUAAAGAUUGCUAAGGACGAAAAAGAAGCCAUCUUGACUAGCAUACCUGACAAACUGAGAGAAAAUGGUUCUGUCUUGUAUGCAUCUCUUGUAGAUGGGAAGGAUGGACUGCAAAACCUUCUUGAAAGCAUUAAGGAUAAGGAUCCAGAUAAAGUUUCCAUUGGUCUUGCAUCUACACUAGAUACUGUUGCGCAGUUGGAAAUGCUACAGGCACCAGGAUUAUCUUUUUUGUUGCCUCAGCAAUACUCAGAUUAUCCCAGGCUUACAGGUAGAGGAAUUGUUGAAUUUUCUAUUGAGAAAGGAGAUGGCUCGACAUUUUCUCCAGAAGCUGCUGGCGAGCCCAGAAGCACAGCAACAAUCCAGGUUGUUCUAGAUGGCUAUUCAGCGCCACUGACGGCAGGAAACUUUGCAAAACUGGUGGUGGAUGGAGCAUACAAUGGGGUGAAGCUCAACUGUGCCAACCAAGCAAUUCUCUCUGACGGUGGGUUGGGAAAGGACAUUGGCUAUAGCAUUCCCUUGGAAAUAAAGCCUUCUGGGCAAUUCGAGCCGCUGUACAAAACAAUGUUAAGUGUGCAGGAUGGGGAGCUGCCUGUACUUCCAUUGUCUGUAUAUGGUGCAGUUGCCAUGGCUCAUAAUGAUGUCUCUGAGGAAUACUCUUCGCCAAAUCAGUUUUUCGUUUAUCUAUAUGACAAGAGAAAUGCUGGCUUAGGGGGGCUGUCCUUUGACGAAGGUCAAUUCUCAGUCUUCGGGUAUACGACUGUGGGACGAGAAAUUCUUUCUCAGAUUAAAACUGGGGAUGUGAUUAGAUCUGCAAAGCUAGUGGAAGGUCAAGAUCGCCUCGUACUGCCAAAAUAG